AUGGGGAGUGAAAUUCCUCAGGUUCAUAUAUUCUUCUUUCCCAUCAUGGCUCAAGGCCACGUGAUACCAACAGUGGACAUGGCCAAGCUGUUUGCAACACGAGGAGUUAAGACAACCAUAAUCACCACUCCAGCCAAUGCUUCUUUCUUCUCCAAGACAAUACAAAGAAGCAAGGAAUCUGGUCUAGAUGUUGAUGUCAAGAUUCUGAAGGAUUCUACUGAGGAGGCUGGGUUGCCCGAGGGGUGUGAAAACGCAGACUUGCUCCCUACUUCCCGAGACGAACCCAAGGACAUCGUCAGCAAAUUUUUCAAGGCCAAAGUCAUGCUUCAGGAACCCCUGGAGCGGCUGCUACAAGAAUGUAAACCAGAUUGCUUGGUUGCGCACAUGUUCUUCCCUUGGGCUACUGAUGCGGCAGACAAAUUUGGGAUCCCCAGGUUGGUGUUCUACGGAGUGAGUGUCUUCUCAACGUGUGCAAUGGAGUGCAUGACACUCUACGAGCCACACAAGCAUGUUGAGUCUGAAUUUGAACAAUUUGUGGUGCCUAACCUUCCAGGCGAUAUCAAGUUGUCAAAAAAACAGCUGCCAGAUUAUGUGAAAGAAAGUGUUGAAACAGACUUCACCAAGAUGCUGAAAGCAUCCAAAGAAUCAGAGCUAAGAAGCUAUGGCGUGAUUUUCAACAGUUUCUACGAGCUCGAAGACAUGUAUGCAGAUUACUACAAGAAUGUUUUGGGACGAAAGGCAUGGCAUAUCGGCCCUGUUUCGCUGUGUAAUAGGGCCAUUGAAGAUAAAGCAGAGAGAGGAAAGAAAUCAGCAGUUGAUGAACACGAGUGUUCGAAGUGGCUUGACUCAAGAAAACCAAAUUCUGUUGUUUACGUAUGUUUUGGAAGUAUGGCCAACUUCAACUCUGCUCAGUUAAAGGAGAUUGCAAUGGGGCUUGAAACGUCAGGGCAGCAAUUCAUUUGGGUGGUGAGGAAAGAAAAGAGCAAUGCAGAAGAGGAGGAUUGGUUGCCUGAAGGAUUUGAGAAGAGAAUGGAAGGCAAGGGACUUAUAAUAAGAGGAUGGGCACCACAAAUUUUGAUUCUAGAUCAUGAAGCAGUUGGAGGAUUUGUGACUCAUUGCGGAUGGAAUUCAACCUUGGAAGGUAUUUCUGCUGGUGUCCCGAUGAUCACAUGGCCAGUGUCCGCAGAGCAGUUUUACAAUGAAAAGUUCGUGACUGAAAUCCUGAAGAUUGGAGUUGCUGUUGGUGUUCAGCAAUGGGUGUCAACCGUGGGAGAUUUUGUGAAGAGAGAAGCAAUAGAAAAGGCAGUCAAGAAGAUAAUGAAUGGUAAAACAGCAGAGGAACUUAGAAACAAAGCCAAGGCUCUGGCAGAAAUGGCAAAAGGGGCUGUUGCAAAGGGAGGUUCAUCUUACUCUGAGUUGAAUGCUCUCAUCGAAGAACUGAAGUUGCGUCGCCAUUGAAUCAAUUGGCAAAAACAAAAUCAUAUUGCACAUUUAUCUUAUGUAGUUUAGAUUAAUUUUUAGUCCUCUUUUCGAA